UGUGAGCCCAGUGGCUGCCAUGGCCGAGCCAUCGUCAUCAAGCUACCUGGCAAGACGACUGCCGGUUGCAAGCGUAGCUGAACAGCUCACUCAUUUUGAAGGCAACCAGCGGAAGUCUUCAUACAUUGAGAGACGAGCGCUGGCAUCUGCUGUCACUACUUCAGAUGUUUGCCAUGGAACCUGCAAUAGGAGCAAACCUGACAUUGAGGACGAUUCCGUUCGAACUUCGAAAUACAUUGACCGAAGGCAAGGCCCGGAAGCAAGGCAAAUGGCUGAAUCCCUUCCGAAACUAACCAUCCUAGAAUUUCAUGAAAGUACUGACAAAUCCGGAUUUGACCCCAAUUCCACCAGUGUUCAGAGACGGGUGUCAAUACAUGGUGACGGAAGCCGCAUCAGUUGUGCAGUGGCUGACCUGGCAAAACCACAUGCUUCUCCAGGCGACGGUCACUCUGACGUUGCCACAUCAGAAACGGUGUUUCUGAACAUUUACGAUCUGGGCGACACCAGUGCAAUUCAGAAUCUCAAUGUCAUUUUAAAACCACUAGGAGGCGGAGCUUUCCAUGCAGCAGUUCAGGUUUAUGAUCAAGAGUGGAGCUUUGGUGGCCUGAGCGCAGAUUCAGAAGACCAAGGUGACGAAACUGGCAUAUGGAGCUGCACUCCACAGAUGUGCAAGCAGCACUCCUUCCGUGAAUCAAUUGCAAUUGGCACCACAUGCUUGUCGCACAUUGAUGUGCUAACCAUUCUUGGUGAAAUUUGUGAUGACUGGCCCAUGAACAGCUAUGAUUUGCUACGUCGCAACUGUUGCCAUUUUUGCGACGAAUUCUGUCGUUUGUUGGGCUUGGGCCCACUUCCAGAGUGGGUGUUGAAUUUGGCGAAGGUGGGAGCUGCUUUAGACGAUAGUCUUUCAAUAAUGGCACGGAAACUCCGUAUCGCAAUGUCUUCUGCAAAGAAAUUUAAUCUAACACGGCUGAAACUGAAAAAGGAGUGCUGCACCGAAUUUGUUCUUCCCAAGGGAAAACCAAAGUGUGGCCUCGUGUGGAUGCAUGGCUUGGGUGAUGAUGAGAGCGGAUGGGCAGAUAUGCUAGAGGACGAGUUCAUGGUUCCAGCUGCCUUGGGGCCAUGCAAGUUUAUUCUCCCUCGUGCGCCACGCCAGCGAUCAAGUUGUAAUGAUGGGGAGAUCCUCACGAGUUGGUUUGACAUUUCCCGGCUGCCAAUCUCGCACCGAAGUGCCCCGCAUCAUGGCUGUUCAAUAGAAGAAGCUCUGUCAUCUUGUGGAAGAGUCCAUGCUGCCAUCGACAAGCUGGUCGAUGAAGGAAUUCCACCUCAGAACAUCGUAGUUGGAGGUUUUUCUCAAGGUGGGGCAAUGGCAACUUGA